CACUUAGCAUUCUGACUGGCCACGAGGCCCCCUUAGCCCCAGGGCAGAGGGCUGGCAGAACCAGGCAGCAGCUGCGGCUGGCUUUGGGACAGGGGAGCUUCGGCUGGAAGCGGCUCCCUCACAAAGCGUGCUAUCCCCCCCCAAAAAAAACCCCCACAUACCCACACACAUCCCCCCGCACUGUCCCCACAAGGCCAGAGCUGAGGCCUCUCUGGGUGUUCCCCUAACGCUGCUCCUCGGCCAGGGCAGAGGUGGCCCAGGCAGCUACCAGCCCCAAAGGUUAGGGGCCUAGGAUCUGCCUGAGACGCCUCCCCCCCGGGUGGGGGAGUUGCUCCGGGGAGACAGAGUGGCCGAGGGCCACGCCUCUGCCUUAGGUUCUUGCGUGGGUCCCCAGACCUCCGGGAAGGGGGCGCGGAGUGCAAAUGGACCACCAGGCCAGAGCGGUCUUCAAGGCCGGGCGGCAAGCCAUGACCAAGCCCGAGCCCCACACAAGCUACAAGAUGAACAUCCGCCCCACGGGCACCCCAGGACCGGAGCACAUGAAAGGGCCGGCCUUCUGGAGUGCCGCCUCCAGACAGCACAGGCAACAGGCCUCCCCCGUCAUCCGGAGCCUCUGGGAGAUGGACGACAAGGUCCCUGUCCCCCCCAAGUUUCUCGGUGUGGUCAACUGGUGGCAGCUGUCUGUGUUUGUUCUUCUGGCAACCAUGCUGAUCUUGUUCAUCAUCCUGAUGAGUUUAGUUAGUGCCUAUAUGGAGAAGGCGCACAGCAUAAGUGCCCUGGUUCCACAGCUGCAAGCUCAGGAGCAGAGGUUAAAGGAGGCUGUGAGGAAGGAAGCCAGAGGCAAAACCUUGAACUGUAAAGCCUGCAAGAGUAAUUGGGUGCAGCGGGCAGAUGCCUGCUACCUGCCCACCACAGAAGUGAUGUCCUGGGAAGACUGCAUAGCACACUGCAAGAAACACAGUGCCAGCCUUUUAAUCGGGAGCACGCAUGGAGAAAUGAUAUUCCUGCUAUUAGAGACCAAUAAGUGGACCACCAUGAAGUACAGAAGGCGUGUCCCUGGGAAUUACUGGAUUGGUUUGAAGUACAACUUGACUCAGAAAAUCUGGCACUGGGCAGAUGGAGAAUUUCUGCACCUCAUGCUCACGUCUAUCUCAGUUAAAGAGACUGUACCCGCUGAAGACAUCUGCGUCUUGUUAAGCAACGGCGAGGCGGUCACCAGUCACUGUGCAUAUAUAAACCACUGUCUGUGCAAGAAAGUGGUCUAAUGAACCAGGCAACUCACCACCCUAGACGUCCUCCAUGUCCCUUUUGCUACAGUCCCAUUUUAAGCUCAUUUGCUGGCCCCUUUGCCUUCAAGAAAACUUCAGCGGACAUCUCUGUAAAUGCAAGUAAUAAAGUGCAUUUCUUACUCUGUGAA